GUUAGUGUACUCAGCGUUCCCCGGCGGUGUUGACGCGCUUCCAUUCGUCACAGCGACACGUUAAACAUUCCGUAAAUUUGACGUGACGAUUUAUUUUUCAUGUACCGAAGAUAACUUUGUUAAUGUACCCAUUGCGGAGUGAAUAGUGAAAGUGUUUAUGGAUUUUGUUAUUUAAACAAGGUUCGAGGAAGUAGAGGAAGAUCCAUUGCAAGGAAAUCAGUAAGAUGUACCCUAACGAAGACAUCUCGGAUCGACAUAUAGGUACUUGAACAGCUUGGCAUCUUGUUCUAAAAGAUGACUUCUUUAUUUACGAAGUUUUUAAAACUCACUUUCCUUUUUUCGCUAUGGAUUUGUGAAAAUUUCGUUUCUGGAAAAGAGGUUUAUGGUCCGAAUUGUCCGAUUGGUUUUACGCUGCUGUUCAGGAAGGAAGGACCUCUUUGCUACAGACGGAAAGGUCCAGAAUUAUUUAACGAAAAAUACAGAGAAUGCGCUGGAAACUUGUACUCAUCAGAGUUAAUACAUGAGACAAAUUUUACGAAACCAGAUCAUGCAGUCUGGACGCAGUACAAGUCCAUGUACCCGGGUGGUUUCUUAUACGACACCAGCUUCUCCAAAAACUACGGAAAGGUGAUUAGCUUUGAUUUACACGGUAUAUCCACAAGCAUAGAGUUGUUAGAUAAAGAUGAAGAACUUUGUCUUAUACUAGACCCUGUAAGUAACUACACAUUGGUGAAUUGUAAUAAAAGAUAUUAUAGCUACUGUGUCAUAAGACCGUACAAAUCUGAAGAGUCCCUUGUAGGCUGUCAGGAAUUGAAAGAUUCAGUGCGUUUCUGGAGUCCUGAUUCAACUUGUUUGACCUCUUUGAUCGGAGUAGGAGGCGGUGCUAUAAGAGCUACUUGGAACCAAGCUAAAGAACUUUGUUGGAAAAAUGGCGCUUCGCUUUUACAUCGGGGUUGGAGAUAUUCCAACCAUCCGGUAUUUCGCGGAUCUUUUAUGAAUCAUACAUAUCCGUUAGGAAUCAUUAUGAGCAAUGACCUUUCGUUGUUGAGAUAUGACGCUAUACAGGACCAUUCGGAGAUACCCCAAAGUGAUUGGAAUUUCGACGAUACUAUUGAAAACUCUGAUACUUUACUGGGUGGACUGCAAAAUGAUUUCUGGUCACUUGUCAACGGAUCGUAUAUCUUUUAUGAAGUUAUCUGUGAGUUGCAUUUAGGUGUUAGGAAUGUCAGUCUACACUUGGCUAUAGAUGAGGAUAAUAGAAUGACUCUCACUAUAAACGCUUCAUUACAUGAUGAUGAUAUUUCGUGCUACACGGAUUCUGUUAAACCAAUUAUAACGAAAGUUAGCAAACGGAGGAUUGAUGGUAAAAAUAUGUUCAUAAUCUCACCCAAACAGGACGGCUAUUACUGGUGUAUCCACACCAACACAAGGAACUUUAAGCCAGCAGCGUCCAAUAAAGUGCUAUUUUUACGUGCCAAAGAGGCACUCAUUAACACAUACUCUAUAAAAUUUCAAUUAGAUCAUUACGUACGAUUAACUGGAAAGGACUGGGAGGUUUAUUUGCACGAAGUCUGUGAGAACAAAAUUAAAGAAUACAUAUUCUAUCGAACAAAGUACGAACAGAUAUUUGGGGAGUUGAAUACAAAUUUGACGGAGGACACUUUGAAAGUUUUUAAACAUUCAAAUCCUAGUUUGAAAGGAAAAGAUAAAGCAAUCUUGAACAUAAAAUUGAAGAGGCUGUAUCCGGAUGUUCGAAAAGUUUUAGUGCAUGUAGAAUUAAAUCCAGAUAUGAAACCUGUACCUCCAGGUUAUUGGGAAGGCUUGAAGAUCUUCUAUAUGAAGUCUGUUUAUUAUUGCAGGGGUUUUGAUACUGUUGCAGAUGGGACUUUAGGAGAGACAAAAUUGUCUGGAUGCCAUAAUCAUACUUGUAUAGGCAAUUUCAACGAAGGUGUUCAAUGGGUGACCACGGCGAGGACUGACUGUAGGAAUUCUGGUCAUAGGGCCCUCAGCAUUGAUGACGUCACCAUGGUUAUGCCAUCAGUAGUAAUAACUUCAACCCAGUCAUCAAGCUCUGGCAAGGAAGAAACAAGCGAGAGUUCAGAGGAGAGUGAUAACUAUUUCACUGGGAAGCAAACAUCUCGCUUUAUCCCAGACAGAAAUACUCCUGAAGUUACCACAGAUGGUACUGUUAACGCAGAGACUACGCACACAGUUGAUAAUGUCAAUAAUUUCACCACGGAAAGUGUUUUAACAACCGAUCUUACCUUCCCUGAUACCACCGUAACUACCACCACUUACCCUCCUACUACCACCAGCGUUACCACAACUGAGGAAGCUGUUACUGUGCCGCCGGAGGUACUUCUGGAUCGAGUGAUAGAAGAUCUGGAUAAUCUUGUCAACAACACAGAACCUGUUAUGGUGAAGGACAUCGACAACGUAUUUAAUCAGAUAGACAAUAUUCUCGAAUCACGGGGAAGUCUCGAAAUACCAAGCCAAUUCCUACAUUUACUAGAUACUUUAGGAACGACGGUGAAUUUAAAUGGAUCUCUAACAGCUACUGCGGUCCGAAACAACAUAGCUUUGGUACUAGCGGACGCUGAACCCAGUCAUCCCGUUAGAGGCAUGAAGAUAGCUGCCAGAGACAGCGACAUGUUCACUAAUGACGCCUUUCAAAUUUUUAAUGGUGAUCUCAAUUCAACAGAUCUUGAAACUGAUCGCAACGAAGUAGUUGUUCACCUGCCUUCAUCCUUGUCGGAGACGUCACGUCGAGUGUCUUUCGUGGUGUUUCGGAACGACCGUGCCUUUACAUCGAACUCUAACGUGUACUCCGUUAAUAGUAGAGUUCUAAGCGUGAAAAUAGAAAAUAUAACGACGUUCGAUAACGACGAGGUCAUAGAUAUACACGUUAGUCCCAUCACAAUUGAUGUAAACAGAAAUGAGAGUCGUGCGUGUGCGUAUUGGCAGUUCACGGGAAAUGGGACCGGAUAUUGGUCACAGGAUGGUUGUAAAUUAAUUCCUGCCACACAACCGGGAAUGUUAAGUACAUGUCGAUGUACACAUCUGACACAUUUCGCAGAAGUUUUGUUCCCUCGAACGGUUUUUACUGUAAGAGAUGAAGAUAUGUUAGAGCUUUUAACAAUUAUAGGAUGUUGCUUGUCCAUUUUCGGUUUAGCUUUUGUGGGGGUGACGGCAGCUAUGUUCAGAUCAUGGCGUCGAGAUUUCAGCAACAAAAUAUGGUUACAGUUAUGCAUUGCUAUAUUUAUAUCUGUUCUCAGUUUUUUGGUCGUAAUUUUUGCAAAAUUCCAAGAAUACAACGUACCGUGUAUGUUAAUGGGCGUUGUUCUUCAUUAUUCUGUUUUAUCUUCAUUUUGCUGGAUGUUAGUAGCAGCUAUUCUCUCGUAUCGGCGAUUAGUCCUUGUUUUUACAAGAGAUGCUUCUCACAAAUUACUUAGAGCAUCUGCUUUUGCCUGGGGUACACCCUGUGCAAUAAUUGGUAUACUUCUAUCAGUAUCCCCGCAAUCAUAUUCCAAUCGUUUCGAAGAAAUAUCACCAAGUGGUUCAUUCUGCUAUCCUUCAGGUCUAGCUCUAUGGAUCUCAGUCUAUGCUCCUAUUGUUAUACUUGUGAUAAACUGGAUACUAUUCGCUUUAAUAGUAAGAUCCGUGUUUGCAUCACGAGGUAUCCAACGACACGGAGAUUCAAACGAAGCGUUACGUUGCGCAUCAGUGAGUUGUCUGUUGGUAUUUCUGUUUGGUUUGCCUUGGAUUUUCGGUCUCUUUGCAUUUAACGUCGUAUUUGCCUAUCUGUUUACGCUAACGGCAACAUAUCAGGGCUUGAUUUUGUUUCUAUUUUUCGUUGUUGGUAACAAAAAGACGAGAGAUUUGUGGUUAAAUAAACUGAAGAUCAAACAAACUCGUAAAGUGCCGGUUACAUCAUCGACUUACUCUAACAGAAGUUCGGGUUGGAGGGGAGGAACUCAUCCUAUGACUAUCGAAUCAAAAACUUCCAAACCUAAAUCUCUCGAGCAAGAUGACUCCAGAUUUCUUGACCUAGGAAAUAGAGUCAGUUUGAAGGCUGACUGUUCCGUGUAAGAGUUAUUAAAUAUAUUAUUAUACGUACGAGUAAUACAUGUAGGUCAGUUUAUUAUUUUUUUAAUACAUUGUUAAAAUUAGUUGAAAAUUGUGCAAAAUCAUUUAAUUUGGACUGAGCUUAUUAUUUGCUUCUCACUUCGAUUCUUCAAUUUUAAAAAGUAUUAAAUUUAAGAAUAACCGGUAAUGUUUUAAUGAUGUAUGCAGUUAAUUUAUUUUCUAGUCCUGUGUCGUUUAUCUCUGUACAUGUAUGUAUAUAUUGUACCAGAAAUAUUUUAUUUCUGAUUUUAUUGUGCUGCCAAAGUUUUUAUUUUUAAAAGUAAUAUAAAAAUAAAUAAAAUAACAUCUUCUAGAAAAAUUUGUUUAAAAUUACGUUAACUUUAAGUCAGCAAUGCUGUAAGUUCAGCACAUGCUGUUCGUUCCCAAUUAUUCGCGAGAUAUUUUCCUAUCAUUUUUAUUACAUUAUCAAGAAAGUAAUUGUAUUUUAAAAUUUUAUUUGUUUAUUUUGUAUAUUCCACCGUCCAAGCAAACACAAAUAAGAAACAUGGUUAUGAUGAUGUGAAAUAUUUUACAAAAAUAAUAUACAUUUUCUGCUCAUAGUGAGUAAAUAUUGAGGCUUUUUUUAAUCGUAAUGAUAAAAAAUACGUAUUAUGUAGUAUGUAUAUAGGUACAUAAUUUAAAGCUAGAUCUUGCCUGUCAUAAACAUACAUUUAUAUCAUAAACUGUUCCUUAGUUGUAAAGAUUUGAUUGCUUCAUUGAGCGUUAGAAUUGUCAAUGCAAAGUUACGUUAAGCUCAUCGGAAAUAUAAUUUCUCAAGCCUACCGUAUGGAUGUUGUAAGAUGAAUGUUUAGGGUGCUAGAGAUAUUUAAAUAGGUUAUUUUGUUAUUUGUAAGACUUGAAACCUAAGAUUAAAAAUGGAGACGCUGUCAGAAGAUGCUACUGUAUGAAUUGUGUUUAUCUUUUGUGAACUGUACAGAACAAAAUCUAUUUAUCUGCUUAAAGGUAUAUGUGGCAUUUAUUAAAAUAUAUAUUUAAACCAAAUCUUGUUAAUUCAUUCGUUAGAUGAUAAAUGUUAUUUCAUGUACUAUUAUUUUUAAUUCUAUACAAGAAUAAUGUAUUAGUAUCUAUGUUAUUUAUUAAAAGUAUAACAUAGUAAGAGACUACAACAGCCUGUAAACAUAACUCAAUAGUAAAACACCCAUGGAAGUCUUACAAGUUGGUUCUAGAAUACAUGUUCAAGAUAAU